AUGGCCACAUCGAUUUCGAGCGACCACAGGCAGCUUGAUUAUCAUGUGAUUUGUGCAAGAAUCUUUCCAUUGGUUAGAGCUGAUGCGUCGGUAUCGAUUAAGGUGUUGCAAGAGGCAACAGAGGCAACAUAUGGUUUCAAGCCAAGUUAUCGGAAAGUGUGGUUGGCAAAGCAGAAGGCAGUAGCACAGAUCUACGGCGAUUGGGAGGAGUCAUAUGCGGAUCUGCCCCGAUGGAUCCUUGGGGUCACGUUAACCAUGGACGGUUCCGUUGCUUUGCUGAAGACCUCCCCGGUUAGAGUGGGUGACCAGGUUGAUGAAGAAAGAGUCUACUUUCAUCGCAUGUUUUGGACAUUCCCUCCAUGUGUUGAGGCAUUCCGCCACUGUAAGCCACUCGUCAGCAUCGAUGGGACACACUUGUAUGGUAAGUACGGAGGGACGUUGUUGUUGGCGAUUGCUCAGGAUGGGAAUUCGAAUAUUUUGCCUGUUGCGUUUGCACUAGUGGAGGGGGAAAAUGCUGAGUCUUGGUCAUAUUUUCUGUCCAAUCUUAGAAGACAUGUUACUCCACAGGAAGGUAUUCUCCUCAUCUCCGACAGACACAACGGCAUCAAGGCUGCGCUGGAGUCACCCGAUAGUGGUUGGCGACCUCCGCAUGCUUAUAGGGCAUUUUGCAUUCGGCAUGUUGCUGCAAAUUUUGCCCUUACCUUCAAGGGGCAGGAUGUUAGAAGGUGGCUGGUUAACGCCGCUUAUGCUAAGACGGAAGCCGAAUUUGACUAUUGGUUUGAUAUAAUGAGGUCAGAGAACCCAGCCAUGUGUGAUUGGGCAAACAGGAUGGAUUAUGAGAUGUGGACACAGCACAAAGAUGGGGGCAGACGAUAUGGUCACAUGACGACCAACAUUUUUGAGUGUGUCAACUCUGUUUUGAAGGGCACAAGAAAUCUACCAGUGACGUCCUUGGUUAAGUCCACCUAUCUUCGCCUUGCUGAGUUGUUCGUUGUCCGGGGGCAGACGGCAGAGGCACAGUUAGGAUCCGGUCAAAGGUAUUCGCAGGCACUUAUGAGGGCAAUUGAGCGUAACUUGAAGGAUGCGAGGUGCUUCACUGUGACUGUUUUUGAUAGGCACCUACUUGAUUACACGGUGGCUGAGACUACCCCCACAGGCAGAUUCUCGCUUGGUUGCUACAGAGUUUCCCUAAGGGAUCGUACUUGUGACUGUGGUCAUUUCCAGGCACUGCACUACCCGUGUUGCCAUGCCAUCGCAUGCUGUGCGCAGUCACGGCUAGAUUGGGCAACAUUUGUUGAUGAAGUUUACAGCAUGUCUGAGGUGUUUAAGGUCUAUCAAAUGUCUUUUGCACCAUGUAUACCUGAGGGGCUUUGGCCCCCGUAUGACGGUCUGAUCGUUAUACCCGACCCAAAUAUGAGAAGAGCAAGAGAAUGA